UGACUGAGCUGUCAUUCCAUUAUAUUCGUACAAUACAAAAAGUGCAUCUUUUUGUUUAGUACAGAAAAAUAUAAACAAAUAAUAAAAGAUAUAAAAAAAUACAAUGCCACUUACUGCAGAAAGUGCUGCACAACAAAUUCAGGAUCGUUUGAAGGACAUUCAACAACAUAUUCACAAAGUGGAUAAUGAGAGACGUCGCGCUGAAAAUUCGAUUGCUAGUCUUGUGCGUGCCCAACAAAAUCCAAAUCCGAAACUAAAGACGCUGCUGCAGUCGAAGAUUCUCGAGGCAACACAGGAAGAAGCAACAAUUAGAGCAGCCCUCGCUAAAAUACACGAAAUACGAAACAUACGUAACGAACGACGUAUUCAGGCUCGUAAUGCUGGCAACAAGGAAGCCAUCCGUCGUGGUGCCCUCAUGAAAAUGGUGCAGCUCUCGGCUCAGACAUUGCCUCUCUUUGUUGGCAAGCCGGGCGAGCGUGCGCCAGCUUUAUGCGGAGCAAUACCUGCCGAGAGCAGCUAUGUGGCCAAGGUAGGCGACAAUGUGGCUGCGUUGGCCAAAGGCAUAGAUGAGGAGGAGAACUGGAUACUGGCUGAGGUUGUGCAGUUUCUACAUCGGCAAAACAAAUACGAUGUCAUUGACAUAGACGAGGAGCAGAAGGAUCGACAUGUGCUGAGCAAACGCAAAGUUAUUCCCUUGCCCUUAAUGCGCGCCAAUCCAGAAACAGACGGGCAUGCACUCUUUCCCAAGGAUACAGUCGUAAUGGCUUUGUAUCCUCAAACAACAUGUUUCUAUAAGGCUAUUGUCCAUCGCCUGCCACAAACUGCAACGGAAGAGUAUGAAGUGCUCUUCGAAGAUUCAUCCUAUUUGAAUGGCUACGCAGAGCCGUUGCCGGUGGCACAGCGCUAUGUGAUUGCAUAUCGAACCACCAAGAAGAGCGCUGGCAGUGGCAGUGGAAAUCUCUCAUCCGCCUAAAAUUUCUUUCCAAUGGU